AUGUCAAAAAUAACAACUCCCGAGCCGUCAGUGAGGUUUGACACCACUGCUAUACUCCCAGAGACCACCAUGAAUCCAGCCGCAGCCAAGAUAAACGAGAAGGUGUAUAAUGAUGAGGAUGUUGAACGGGGCCUCCAGUCUCCAUCUUCUAGAGUACGGCCUGGUCCGAUCCCCUCUGGGAACUCGUCCUUGACGAUGGUCACUGGAUGGAUGGAUGACGUCAACGAGCGUUCGUCAAAGCCAGAAGGAGGUCUCGUACAGCAUUUCAAGAGGGAUAUAAACCCAUCAGGCACAGAAAUACUUCUGAUGGCGUGUGCAUUUAUCUCUGGUGUUAUUGAUAGCGCUGCUUUCAAUGCUUGGGGCAGUUUUGCAAAUAUGCAGACAGGAAACGUUGUGUUCCUUGCCCUAGGAGUCUCUGGUCAGCCUCCAACUCCUCCGAACAGAUGGGCCAAGUCACUGCUUGCCAUCGGAACAUUUGCCAUCGGAGUACUCUUCUUUAAAUAUGCCUCUGAGUUCCUGCGUCCGCUUCGACGGGCAACAUUAGUGGCAUCAUUUGCACUUCAGACUUGUGCAAUCCUAAUAUCCAGCAUUCUUGUACAGACGGGAGUUGUGGACUCAAGCAUCGAGGCCUCUACCCACGGGGUUCACUGGAUCCAGGUGUUACCCAUCACCAUCCUGGCCUUCCAAGCUGCCGGUCAAAUCGUCACUUCGCGUUUACUCGCCUUCGUCCACGGUGGAAGCUGA